AUGUACAAAAUGAAAAAGAAAGACUGGAAAAAUAUCGAAUGCUAAUACAGACAUUACCACGUGUCAACCGGGUUACUCUUGCAGCACUGAUUGGUCACCUUUACAGGGUGCAGAAAUGUUCAAAGAUGAAUCAGAUGAACACACACAGUUUGUCUCAGGUGUUUUCACCCUACUUAUUCCAAACAGAAGGUCAAACCAAACAAGAAGUUAAUGUCAUAGAGGAUCUGAUCAAUUUAUACGUUCAACUCUUUGGUGUUAAUGAAGACCAAGUGAAACAGAUGGAGAUAGAAAACAGCUUCAUAACGACGUGGAAAGACACACAGGUUGCCCAAGCUGGGGACCUGAUCAUUGAAGUCUACCUGGGGAAAAAGGAGCCGGAUUGUUGCUGCAUAAUUAGGGUUUCUCCGACCAUGACAGCAGAAGAAUUAACUUGUAUAGUUCUCCAAAUGAAGAACAUUGUCACUGCUGAGAAGAUUGUCUGGGCAACAUUUGAAGUUAUAGAGAAUGGAGAGCUUG